AUCUGUGACGUCAUUGGCCACCGAUUCAACCGUUCCCUCCCUCCCGCCCCGGCUCUCGGGCGCCGAUUGGUCCGGGCAGAUGCCAGUCAGGUCGACGUCAGACGCCGGAGGGAAGUGGGCCGGGCGGUUUGAACGUCCGAACGAAUGGAGUUGAUGUUGCGGUCGCCAUUAACGUGCUGAGGAGAAGGGCUCGCCGAGUCCGGGGGGAAGCAGCAACCCACGGCCCCCAUCGUUCGACUUCACCGGGGCAGGUCGCCGUCACCCAAGCCCUUUCUCUUCCCUCGAUCCAGACCGCGCCCGCCCCCCCUUAGCCCGGUGUCCGAGCAGCACAGGCCGCCGCCGCCGGGCUCCGUUCGGACGGGGGGUGUCGGGGGGGACGCCGAGCUCCGGGGGAGACGCCGAGGUGAUGUCGGAAGGGGAAAAGGCGGCGGCGGUAGCUGCGGCCGCCGACAAGGCAGCCGAGGCCAUGAGCACGGCGGCCGAGGUGGACGACGAGGAGGAGGAGGAGAGCGAGGACGAGAGUGAGAUCCUGGAGGAGAGUCCGUGCGGCCGCUGGCAGAAGCGGCGGGAGGAGGUGAACCAGCGGAAUGUUCCUGGAAUUGACAGUGCAUAUUUGGCAAUGGACACAGAAGAGGGAGUGGAAGUUGUGUGGAAUGAAGUCCAGUUCUCAGAACGAAAAAACUUUAAACUACAAGAGGAUAAGGUUAAAGCUGUCUUUGACAAUCUCAUUCAGCUGGAGCACCUGAACAUAGUAAAAUUCCACAAGUACUGGGCAGAUGUGAAAGAAAAUAAAGCUAGAGUUAUAUUCAUAACAGAGUACAUGUCAUCAGGAAGCUUAAAACAAUUUCUGAAAAAAACAAAGAAAAACCACAAAACGAUGAAUGAAAAGGCCUGGAAGAGAUGGUGCACCCAGAUUUUGUCUGCCUUGAGCUACCUCCAUUCCUGUGAUCCUCCCAUCAUCCAUGGCAAUCUGACUUGUGAUACAAUAUUCAUCCAGCAUAAUGGACUUAUAAAAAUUGGAUCUGUUGCACCUGAUACAAUUAAUAACCAUGUGAAAACCUGUAGAGAAGAACAGAAGAAUCUGCACUUUUUUGCCCCAGAAUAUGGAGCUGUAACAAAUGUGACUACGGCUGUUGAUAUUUAUUCAUUUGGAAUGUGUGCAUUGGAGAUGGCAGUAUUGGAGAUCCAGGGUAACGGUGAAUCAUCAUAUGUGUCACAAGAAGCAAUCAAUAAUGCAAUUCAGUUACUUGAAGACACUCUACAAAGAGAAUUUAUUCAGAAAUGUUUGGAGGUUGAUCCUAUUAAACGUCCCACUGCCCGAGAACUUCUCUUUCACCCAGCUCUAUUUGAAGUACCUUCAUUAAAGUUGUUAGCAGCACAUUGCAUUGUCAGUCAUCCUCACAUGAUUCCUGAAAAUGCUUUGGAAGAAAUAACAAAAAACAUGGACAUGACUGCAGUUCUGGCAGAGAUUUUCCACCAUGAUGCAGAAGGAGUACAGAUCAGAUUCUCCCAGUUUCCUGCUCUGGAGUUAGAUAAAUUUUUAGAGGAUGUGAGGAAUGGAAUUUAUCCUUUGACUGCAUUUGGGAUGCCCAUGCCUCAGCAACCACAACAGGAGGCUGUAACAUCGCCCAUUGUCCCACCGUCUGUGAAAACACCUACACCUGAACCUGCAGAACUGGAGACCAGGAAGGUCGUUCAGAUGCAAUGCAAUAUUGAGCCAGUUGAUGAAGGAGCCAAACAUCAUCUAACUCUACUCUUGAAACUGGAAGACAAGCUAAACCGCCACCUCAGCUGUGACUUGUUGCCUAAUGAGAGUUGCCAGGAGCUGGCAGCAGAACUUGUUCAGCUGGGAUUUAUCAGUGAGAUUGAUCAGAGUCGACUAACCACCUUGCUCGAAGAUGCCUUCAGCAAAUUCUUCUAUAACCGGAAUGGUUCCCUAUCCGACGUCACAGUCUCUUCAUAGCUACAGAAACAUUGAGUGACGCAACUACUUCAUCACCGGUCUUAAAUGGACGAAAGAGGAUAUCACAGGAAGCCACUGGCUCAAUUGCAUGUAGUAGUGUGGUGAUGUUGAGUUCCCAUCUACAAGUGGUGAACAUCCCACCAAUGAAAAGUUCUGUUGUCAGUAUUAUGUCCCAUCUGUGCUUCACCCUGUGACUAUCGUAUUUUAUUUAGCAGUGAGACUUCCAGAGCGCUGCCACAUUGGAAAGGCGCUUUUCUCUUAACUGAGGUAAAGGUGGGAUGGAAGUAGGGAUUGGGAUGGUGGGGGGAAGGGGAAAAGGCUGUUUAAUCUGAACACGGAGACUGCGAAGGAGAGAAGAAAGUGAGAGGUCUGCACGAAGUGAAGUAUCGCUUGAUACGUUUUUGUGAACUCUUUCAAUACAUUGUAUCGCUUUAUAUAUGCCAGUAAUGUGCAUGUUUCUUCUAUGUUGUAUAAUCUUUGCACAUUUGUUUUUCAAGAUCUGGAAUGCUAGGUGAUUUUAAAUGACAGUGUUCCUACAAAUGCAUUUAAGAGGCCAUUCCUAUGAAAGUUCCCACUAUUUUUCAGUGUUGAAAUUUUAAAAUGGCAUGGCUAUUGUGCACAUGAAAGUGGGGAAAGUGAUAGUCACUAAACCAGCAACUAUCUAAUCUUUUUACGUGACCAGUUUAGUGAAUUUAUCCAAAUGGUUAGUAGAAUUUGGAUGAACUGUUCUGGAUCAAACAAAAUUUGAAGUGUUGUACUGUUUUUCUUCAAAAUGUCUGGGAUGCCUCAUCUAGAAAUGAACAUUCAUUGCAAGUUAGUUACAAGUCUUGUCAAGAAUCAGCUGAUACACCGGGGCUGCCUUUGUUUAAACUGAAUGCUUUAUUGAAGCCUUCCUUCCCAAUAUCCCCACUCUUCCUUCCCAAUAUCCCCACUCUUCCUUCCCAAUAUCCCCACUCUUCCUUCCCAAUAUCCCCACUCUUCCUUCCCAAUAUCCCCACUCUUCCUUUCUCCCCUUCCCCUGAAAGCUUUAUGUCUGUAAAGCUGAACAUUGAUACAGAUAUGUAAUCCAUAUUAUGUAGUAUUUUUGGGUUGUGUGGCUGAGAUUGUGUAGUAGUUCUGAUGGUUGUUUUGUCAUGGCAAUUGCAUUGAUCAUUUGUUAGCCAUGUAUUUCUGUGAGGUCUGUUGGCCAAAGGAAGUUGAGGUGAAUUGUGUUUUGUCUUCUAUUUUGAGCCAAAUAGUGUACAGUGAGCUAAUAAGCACAAUUUCUUGGUUAUUUUGGUUUGCAGGCAACACAGAGGGUCACUUCCACUUGCAAGAACCAGUUUGCCAGUAACCAUUUCUGAUUGUCUUGCAUUUUCUCAGUUUAGUUAUAGUUUUGGUACAAGUUGUGGAAUGUUUUUCACCCUUUUUGCAUAUAGACAAUGGAAAUUCGAGAUAAAGGGAACUGGGCUGUAAUUGUUGAAAAGAAAAAUGGGGUGGGUGGGGAGAGCCUAAGCUUAAUUGGAAUUUCUGUAAUUUUUUGAGAAUGGCAAAACACUGUAUUGUGGCAUUGUUCAAAGCCCUAACUGCAUUUAAUGCAGCAUUCACUGAAGCAAAUAUACUGUACUGAAAAAGCAGUGCCUGGUUGUUCUUUUGUUAUUUACCCUUCUGAAUUGUGUACAAAAAUAUCAUUUUGAGUCCUUGCAUGAAUGUUUCUCUACAUUGCCCCGUCACAUAAUUCCUGUGAAUAAAUGGUUGGAUGUCAGAGGAAAAUCAUUCUUAUCGCAAUACAAAAAACUUUAAAUGCAAUCCCUGCUUUUAAUACCACUGCUUGGCUUGAACCUGAUCCAAUUGUCACAGUUCAUUCACACAUUAACAUUUUUUGCAUGUCAGCUGUGAAGCUCUUAGGGAAUCAGUUUGAAAGCUUUAAUAUCCAAACGCUGAAGAUAUGAAUUCAGUUAACAUGCCUUCUGCAAAUAGAUUUUUUUUUAAUUUAAGCUUUGUUCUCUGCUUGAGUUAGAUAACCGGCAGGAUAACUAACAUCUUGCUAACAUGUCAAAGACAAUCAGUCAAUUAAUCUUGGAGUGAAAGAUCAAUGUUAAACGGGUAUGUCAACUGCACUAAAUGAGUCAUUUCAUUGACUGAGGUUGAAGCUAACUGCAGUUUCAAGACUAUCACUGAAUUUUCCACUUUUAGAAUCUGGGAAUCAUAAAUCGCAUGCCUUUUCUCCAUAUGGAUGUGAACACCUGAAUCACCUGCUCUACGGGUGUAGGUCACUUCUGCUAAUUGUGAUCUUGUGCUUUAUCAGCAAGUGACACAUAAGCUUGCACACAACUUGAGGCUCUGUUUCAUAGCCAUGAAGCCACUUUUCCCAUCCUCACGUGUUGUAUCUUUUACAACAUUUUGUUUUAAGGUUAAACAUUGUGUAAAGCUACGAGUUAUCCUAUUUAAGAAACAAAAGGUGAGGCUGAAUUGCAACCUGACCACACAAAAAAUCCAAGCAAAUAAGACUUUCACCCCAUUUGGAGCUACAAUGGAUUAUUGAGCCUACAUGUAGACACCCCAGUGUGUUCACAAAUGAAUGUUGUCUACUCUUCGGUAUUUUUGUAAACAUGGGUUCCUGAUUGUCAGUGUAGACACGUUGAGCUGAAUGACUUCCCUGCUCUUACCCACACUCACCCUCCAUUCACCCCCAACACCUGAUGAAUUAUGUAGUUGAAAUUGAUUUCAUCUCCAUUUACCUUAACAGAAAACAAACUUUGCCUCUUUGCUGAAUGUUACUUUUUAAUUUCACAGGACAAUUGAGGUGUUGUUCUUGGUUCCUGUUUGUCACAGCAAGGAUUUUGUGCCAUCUAAUCUGUUUUGUUUCAUCUCACAGAAUUUAAAAUGUGGGUUUGCGAUGAUUUUGGACAUGGCAUUGAUGUUGGAUUUUGCUUGAAUUAUUUGGAGUUAGAGUGGUUUAUUGGGCCUGCUUUUAGGUACUCCAGAGAGACUGCAAAUACAAGAAGUUGUCACGUUUUUCCGCUCCCCCCCCCCCCCCCAAUGAUUGACACUCAAGGGUUAAAGAGUCCAGACUAAAACAGAUAAGUGUCUUUGAACCUUUUAAACUGUUUCUUUAAAUUGCAUGUGAUGGUACUUUACAGCAGAGAUGUAUGUUUCAUGUAUUGUAAUUUGAGCUGCUAUUUUUUUUCAUCCGGUAACUUGUCGGUAGAAAUUUGACUUGACUACUUUCCAAGUAUACUGAGGCCCAGUGGGUAAAAUAGUUCUGUGGAGGCUGAUUCUCUUCUUUGGAAAAAAACAUACCUUUUUUUUAAAGAAAACAUGCACUUUAAGGUUUGUGAGCAAAAAUAUUCACCAUUUCUAUCACUCCCUGUUUUUUUUGUUUAAUAUGUUAAGCAUUUGCGACUUAAAGGGGAGAAAAGAAAUAGUUUUCUUCCUUUUAAAAAAAAAUCAAUAGCCCUUUGGGCAUGGUGGGGGGGGGGGUUCUUUGAGGAACAGGAAAUGAUCAGGCUGCAAACCUACUCAAUAUAUUUUGCAAAGUGGUUAGCUGAAUAAUAUGAUGAUGUUACAGAGGAACUGCAGAAUUGACAAGAACAGUUUCCGUGGAGCAAUCUGACACAACAGCAAAUUACUUGUGCAUUUUGACUCUUGGUUUUGUUCAUUUUAUUGCUGCUUUGAUUCAUUCGCAAGAGGUGGGUGAGUUAGGUUAGUGUUAAUGCCCAUUCCUAAGUCAACCAUUUUGUGGGUCUGGUACCGAUACACAUUGGUGUUACCAUAUUUCAGAUAAGGUCAACAGAUUUACUUCACUAAAGAACAUUGAAAUACUUUGGCAACAUUUUAGUAGUAUCAUUAUGCUUUUUAAUUCCAAAAUUUAGUUAGUUAAAUUUAAAUUCUUAAUGCUGUGUGGAAUUUGAACUUGCAUCUCUAUUAUUGAGUCAGCCCGUUUACCAUUUCAGUAAAUUAACCAUUUUGCCACCAUGCCGCUUUGGGCUUGCUGCAUGACCAAUUCUUAACUGAACAGAAGUACUUAUAAAAUGAUCAAGUACCCGUUUUUCUGUUUGUAUCCAAAAGGUGAAUGGGUAAUGAUGUCUUUAUAAAUUUUGGCCAUAUUCUGUCCUUCAAUGCAUUUUUUUUAAACCUCUGGCUUGCAAUGUGGUGUAUGGGGAGGGAAGUCACGCUAUCAUGAAACAGGACUACGCAGUAUAGCGCAAAUAAUCUGCCCCACAAAAGCGGGGGAAAUUCUGCCCCAAAGCUUUAUUAGCACAAGGUGCAGUGUAAUAAAUUCUGAAGAGUGAAUACAUGGGAUAGUCUUGAUUUUUUUCAUUCUCAAAUGAUUGUAAACUGUUUACAUGUUAUCUAUUUCUGAAUGUGCUGUGACUUUUUCAUUUCAAAAGUCCCUUCCUUCAUAAGGGAAAAUAAUAAUUCCAAGUUGGGAUCAGCUUCAGUUCCUUCAAACGUUUCCCAUCGCAACAUUGGUUUGGGCCUUGGGUUGCAAAUCUGUCUUGCUCCUCUUUUGAACGGAUUAGUGUCUCUCUAGGGUUACUAGGGAACCUGCCAGAACUGGGAAAUGUACACUUGUUGAUAUCUUCAAAUUGAGCAACUCAAAGGUGAGGAAGAGUAGGUCAGUCACCCAGACAACGAAUUCUGGGACAUGAGAACAUAAGUGUCACUUUUCUGUUUCAAUUGCAUAAUGUUUUUCAGAACUGUGAUUUGUUGCAACCGAUCUGUCACCCACUAUAUCUGGUUCUCUACGAUAACACACAUUUGCAUUUGUGUCCCAUUAAUGUGAUUGAGUGGGGAAUGGGACUUGGUGGUCAGUGGGUGGUAUUGCUUAAUGUCUUAAGAAUAAUAGUUCAUUACCUGUUGUACAAUUGCACCAUAUCUUAGGGUUUGGCAUUCAAUCUCUUUCUGUAUCACUCUCAUUUUCUUGCCUUUUCCAAGGCAAAAUUGAUUGGGCCUGAAUUUUAAUUUUGUUUUUCUUGGUUCUCAAAAUUUAAAGUGGACGUGAGAAAAGAGCGUGGAAAAAACUUCUGAGUAAUUGAGUUAGUUGGUCAUAAACCUUGUUGCAUUUGAAGGGACAUAAUUGAUUUUCUUUUCCCCCCACAUCCAAAGGAAUAAAGAAAAAUCUUACUCAUUAGCUUUACACAAUGUUGCGAUGCCUUGCAAUAUUCUGUUUUAUACCAGUUAAGUAUUGUAACAAAACACUUAUUUAAAUGCAUAUGUAAGUAUAAAUACAACUUUGAAAGUGGGGAUUGAAUAGUUAACUUUUUUUUAAACUGGUCGGUUACACAACUCACAUUUUGUUCAGCUUUGUUUUCCAAUUGUAAACAUCGU